ACAUGUGUGUAUAUGCUAGAGAUUGACAUCAAGUGUCUUCCUCCAUCACUCUCCACCACCAAAUACAAUGAGGCAGAAUUUCUCACUAGAACCUAGAGCUCACUAAUUCUACUAGUCCAGGCAGCUUACCCUGAGUAUCCCGUGUCUGGCUCCCAAGCACGGGAAUUAAAGGUGAGCUGCUACACUGACUUGACAUGUACAUGCUGGAAAUCUGAACUCAGGUACUUUCAUUUGCAUGAUAGCACGUUAUCUGUUGAUCUAUUUCCCCAGCCCCUGUAUUUAGAUUUUCUUAUGGGCACACAAUUGUUAAUUUGUUAAUUUUUUUUCUUGGUUAGGCCUUUUUGUUGAGGUAAUUUGUGUUUAAAUGUUAGCUUAUACAGGAAGUUAGCUUUCCUAGCUAUUUGGCAAUUGAAAAUAUACUUUUCUGGUUUUGUUUGUGUUGUUGUUUCUUGUCUUAAGGCGACAGCCUGAUAAGAAUAUUGAAGGGUUUCUACAGUAGAUGUCUCUGUAGACAGUUUAUACCAUGCUUGAUUUAUAGACAGUGUGGGGUACAUGGUAGUCUAUUAAAUAUUUUUAUGAAAAUAAUUAUUUCCUUAAUUUAAAUAGCUUAAACCCCUCCUGUUACUUGAGUUUAGGGUCAUUUAGCAAAUUUUGAUAUAGAAGUAAAUCAACUACCAAAUUAAAUGCAUGUGUGCCAUGUAGAUAAUAGUUACUGAGAAGUGACCUACAUGAGUUUAAUCAUCAGAAUCUGUCAUUUUGAUUGCACUUAAUAAGUCACUUCUAAGCUGAUCUAAAAUGUACUUGUGUAUACUUACAAUUACAUUGCAUGGCUUUCUGACUUGGGUUCUUGUUGUAAACAUGCCUGUUUUGUUCAUGUGUCUUGAGAGAACAAGCAUUGUGACAUACCUGGCUAAGUUAAAUAGAUUGCCUGUGAAGCACAAUGUGAGUCCAGUUUUUUGAGGUGUGGAGUUUUAGCUAUCGUGGCUGGGUUUUUACUCAAUCUCAAAUAAUAGGGCUCUGGUUAUUUUGCAGAGUGUCUCUGAAGAAUGGACAGAAUUGCCCUGGCUAACUACAAGCUACGGUUCACAGUGGAUAAAUAGAUGCUCGCGUGGUCAAAGACAUGGCUACGGGGAAGUCUAAGGGAUAUGGCUUUGUCUCCUUUUUCAACAAAUGGGAUGCAGAAAAUGCCAUUCAGCAGAUGGGUGGCCAGUGGCUUGGUGGACGACAAAUCAGAACUAACUGGGCAACCCGAAAGCCUCCAGCUCCAAAGAGUACAUAUGAGUCAAACACAAAACAGCUGUCAUAUGAUGAGGUUGUAAGUCAGUCUAGCCCCAGCAACUGCACUGUAUACUGUGGAGGAGUGACGUCAGGACUGACAGAACAACUAAUGCGGCAGACUUUUUCUCCAUUUGGGCAAAUAAUGGAAAUUCGAGUCUUCCCAGAUAAAGGAUAUUCAUUUGUUCGGUUCAAUUCCCAUGAAAGUGCAGCACAUGCGAUUGUCUCUGUUAACGGCACCACCAUGGAAGGGCAUGUGGUGAAGUGCUACUGGGGCAAAGAGACUCUUGAUAUGACCAAUCCCGUGCAGCAGCAGCAAAAUCAAAUUGGAUAUCCACCAGCAUAUGGCCAGUGGGGCCAGUGGUAUGGAAAUGCACAACAGAUUGGCCAGUAUGUACCUAAUGGUUGGCAAGUACCUGCUUAUGGAAUGUAUGGCCAGCCGUGGAGCCAGCAGGGAUUCAAUCAGACCCAGUCUUCCACACCAUGGAUGGGACCCAAUUACAGUGUGCCACCACCUCAAGGACAAAAUGGCAGCAUGCUUCCUAAUCAGCCUGCUGGGUAUCGAGUGGCAGGGUAUGAAACCCAGUGAGAACAGACUACAAAAUGGAAGCCAUUGGCUUGACGCUACAGGGAGGGUAGGAAAGCUGUUGUUUACUUAAAGAUUUAUCAAAUCAGUCAGUACAAAUGCCAGAUAAUGAUGUAUUUAUUUAAAAAAUUCAUUUUUUAAUCAUGAAAUUACUUUUCAUCCACAUUGUUUUAAAAAGGAACAAGAUGGUGGAUGUCUGCCAAUUUUUGCCUUCAUUAUCUUUUUUGAUAAAGUUUCUCUGAUCCUUGUUUCAAAGACAAAUGCAGGGAUUGCUGCCACUUUUUAAAAAUUAAGGGGCAGAAAAUUGCACAAUAUUGAACUUUCCACUAAAGUAGUGUGCAUUUUUAGUUUGCAUUCCUGAUAUGAUUUAAAACAUGUAAUAUAGAUGUAAAAAGAAAAGCCAAACUUGUGCAAAGUCUAGAAGUUCUUUAUAACUUUCAGCGUAUGCACAGUUCUGUGUUAGUUUGAAAGAGUAGGCAUUACAUGACCUAUACCAUCUCCACUGUUAGCCCUUUGGAAUUUUUCAAUGUAAAUUAUUAGUUUAUAUCAUUUUGUAUCUACAUUUUUUUCACAAAUUUGUCCUGCCUUAUAAAAAUUCUGUAACAUAUUCUUAAAUGAAAAAAAAAAAAUGAUGUUCACUUAGAUUGAAAACUUUUCUCAGAUGGACUGAUAACUGCAUUCAUCUUGUUUUUAUAUGAGAAGGUGCCUCAAGGAUUCCCUGUUGGAUUUGUUUAAAGGGAUUUUUAUCUUCUGUGAUAAACUUUGCCAUCUACCAGGAACUAUAAAAACAACAGCUUGUGACUAAGGAGACUGCCGUGUGCUAAGUCCUCACCCACAUCAGCUUCCCGUGUCAGCAUCUACGUUUACAUGUGGUGUUUUCUGAGAUAGUUCCUUCCGCAAGUCAUAGUUUGCAGUUAGCAAACUUUGUAUGUUGUUCCCUUCCUAAAGGUGUCCUGAAGAGUUGACAUGAGGCGGGUUUUCCGUUUGCAUGUGAAUAUUCACAUACGUACUUUGGUAGUCUUUGAUACCAACUCAUCUGUUCUUGUUUUUCAAGAAUUUUGAGACACAAAGUUGUAUGUAAAGGAAUAUAUUAAUUUGUUGUUUUCUAGUUAGAUUUACUUAAAAAAGUAAAUCCAUUUUAAUAUGUACAAAUGAUAGCUGUGAAACUGUAGAAUAUUCCUCUGUCAGGCUUAGAGUUCAUUAAGAACUCCAAAAUUAGCCUGAAGGACCAGCCGGGCAAAACAUUUUUUAAAUAUUCAGAGGCCAAAAUAUGAACAAACAAAAGAAUAAGAAACCCUUAAAGUCCUACCUCCUUAAGUAGCCAUCAAGGAAGAGGCUCCUCAGCACAGGCUGAUGUUGGUUCUUUGGUACCUGACCUCUCGGAGCCUCCACAUUAUUUCUGAGGUUUGCUCUUUGAUGGCAUUGUUCUAGCCUUGGGAUUGCUAAUACAUUUCAGAGUCUCUUGGUUUGGUUUGGUUUCAGUGAUGACCACAACCUCCUCCUUGACAUCAGAGAGGAAGGAGCCCCUGUGAAUUGUGGGUUUUGAGACCUGCAGAGAGCUCCCAGCAUUUUACUUAGGCCUGUGGAAUCGGAAGCAUUUCCUGGCCUGUAUCUUCCAGGUAGGAGCACAUGACUCUAACUUGUUUUCUAAGCCAGUCCUCUUGUAAAGUAGAGCCCAGGAAGACAGCUCAAAAUGCAUGCUUCUCUGGAGCUCAGUUCUAUGCAGUCGUGCUGAUGUUUCAUUAAGUCACUGUGUAUUUUUAAGUACUAAUACAUUGAAAUUUGCUUUAUGGAAGAUGAAUAAAUUUUUUAAAUACUUGGAAAUUUUAUUUCUUUGUAAAGUUCUACAGAUCAGGGCAGGCAAUAAAAGCAGCUUAAAAGAAAUACUUAAAAAAAUAGAUCACACACAUCAGGAAACUAUUUUGGCUAAUUUUUUUUAGCUUUUUUUUUUCCUCCUGACUUUUGUUUCUGUCUUAGCACCCUCAGUAUUUUUCUCUAUUAAAGAAUUUUACUUCCUUUGAAACUCAGACUGCAGGAUCAUUUGGGCACAAGUAAUUUAUUUUGUACAGAGGUGUAGCUUUUCUCUUCUUUUGACUCAGUACUGAGAACUUUUAUUAGCAACAUGUUCUUAUUGCACAGAUCUUAAAAUUCAUGUUGAUUUGCUGUUGAGAAGGUGGUGGUGACGUGUUCCUGAUGAAAGACUGACAUUUUAGGAACAUGGCUGGCUUUGGUUUAAUUUCAGUGUUCAAUCAUUUAAAUCAAUUUUCAACCUAAAAAUCUUCAUCCUGGUAUAAGUAUCAGGUAAGGAAAUCAAGGCUUUUAAAGUGAACUUCCUUGCAAUAUGCAUUCGAUUUUACUCUCUGGUACUGUAAAGAACCUGAGUGACUCUCAGUGGGUCAUGGAGCCAGUAUUCUUUAUUCUGACUGUUUGGAUAUUAAAAUUCCUUUAUGUUUUCUAUGAUA